AUGGAAGACCCGGUGAAUAUAUCGAGCUCUUAUAGUGGAGAGCACAGCGCAAGACAUGAUCAUGAGAGGACCGAGUCGGGCUCCACGUCACCACAGCGUCGCCGACCGCGUGGGUCUUCGCAAAAGGCGAUGCUUUCAAAAGCAUUGGCAAAAGCGAAUACUGCAGUGCUGCUAGACAAUGCAGAAAACUUCGAAGGUGCCAUCGAAGCCUACCAAGAUGCGUGCGAGUUGCUGCAACAUGUUAUGCUACGAAGUAAUGGAGGCGACGUGGAGAAGUACAAAUUACUGGAAAUUCGCAAAACGUACCUCAAUCGCAUUCAAGAACUCCUUCGGAUACAACUCCCUUCUAAUUUAAAGAAGGACAAGGCGCUGCCUGAAAGGCCGCCAAGUGGUCGCAGCGCUACACCACAAGAAGACGAACCGCCAAUUGAGCAGGACUACACUGAUGAGGAUGGCGCAGAAGAAUAUUUUGCCAGACAAAACGCCGAAGAUGAUGUGCCCCCAGUACCUAGCCUGAAUACCGUGCGAUUGCCAUCUAUAUCUGGUCAAGACCUUAAUUUCUCGUUUGAAGCUUCGAAAACAGACAUAGGCGGUGCCAACUCGCGGGAAAGCGAAGCUGUUGCACAGGGACAUUCCUCGCCUUCCCCUACCCUUCAAUUCGUUUCGGACUCGGCGGAUCAUCAAGGCGAUACCGAGACACGAAGUUCGACAGCGCAUGCAUCUCAUUCCUCUGAUGGGCAGGUUCCUGUAAAUGAUAAUCAGUCUACUUCAUGGCUGGACACGAUCGAUGAAUCCGGGGCUUCGUCGCCCGUAUCUACAAACACAAAAUUAUCCUUAUACUUAGGUGGUACACAUUCACAUCACGCCAGUAACGGUACGGAGGCAGAGUUUGAUGCUGCGCUAGAUGCGGCAGUUGAAGCAGCCUAUGACGAGGGCUUGGAGCCCGCACUGAAUGAACAGGAGGGAUUUUAUGAUGAUGAUGAUUACGAAGAUCACAGAGAUGACGAUUACGACCACGACGACGUAGUAUCGAAUGCUAGGCGAAACAUUGAAAUUGCUAAGCAGCGAGUCCGGGAAGCGGAGAGGGAAGCCCAGGCUGUUAUGGCACGAGGUUUGCAGCAGCGGCUUAUGAUGCAGGAUGAAAACGUGGCGGUGUCCACCUACAAUGUUGAUGCCGAUUAUAUUGACGAGGAGGCCGAGGAGGAGGAACGCUUGUUAGAAGAGAUGACGAAAGGUUAUGUAAUGGAUGAUUUUGAGUUCAAUCUUCAUACCAAAACUGCACUUCCUAGACAGUCGGAUUCAAGUACGGUUUCCGGCAGAACAUGGGGCAGCUCGAUCACAUCAACUUCAGCAAAUUCAGCCACAGCCGGUACAUCCCUCUCGACACUGGCAGAAGAAGGUAUCCUGACGGAUGCAACAAUGCCAAGUAAGCGACUUCCACCGGUUCCGAAGAUACCAACGGGAAGCACACAGCAACCUAUUCCGCCCAAUAUGUCACCUUCUGCUGGCGUACGAGCUCGGCGUUUCUCCGGCUCUAAUACUAAGCAGCUGAAAAUCGACACUAAGCGUGUGGCUGCGGGCUAUGAGCCAACUAAGAAAGAACCCUUUUCAGCACAACCCGCCGGUCCUCCAUCGCCAGUACUACUGCCUGAACCCAAGACCAGUCUACCGAUAUUAACUAGUUCAAUGUCUAAACCACUACCGACUGGACCUUCUGAAAAGAAGGGCUCAUUCGACGUUUCGGCGUUGGGUCAGCGUAGUUCAAGUCUGACAAGGAUACCUACUCUUGAGGGAGAUUCUGUUGCGCGAUCUGCACAAUCUUCGCCUCCCAGAACCAUCAGCAAGAUAACCUCCGCUCCCGGCAUGCUUCGCAAGAAUACCUCAUCAUCUAGUUUAGCAGGCAUGAGAGCAAGGAAUAUGUCUAUGUCUACCCCUGACAUUAAUGAAUCUCCUAAUACACCAUCCAGCAGCGUUUUCCCUGCCUUUGAUUUUCAACGCCAGUUGGCAAAUGGUCUCGUACCUGCAAUGCCAACACCGAGCGGAGCGUCAUUCCCGUUGAUGACAUCCAAAAGUCUCCACCUCUUUGACAACGAUAUACAUUCGCCCACUACUCCUGGAUCACCUAGCUCAACGGUGACUAACGCUCCUAUACCUCUGGAGCCCUGUCCGGAAUCCUUCUUGUUGCGCCCUUUUUGGCUUAUGCGAUGUCUUUAUCAAACCAUUGCACAUCCACGUGGUGGAUAUCUUUCUACCAAGUUGUUCAUACCUAGGGAAGUAUGGCAUGUGAAGAACGUCAGGAUCAAAGCCAUGGAAGAUAAAAUUUCAUUGUGUGAUUUGUUGACCGCAGCUCUUCUAAAAGUUGCUCAAGUCGAUACAUACGAUGCCGAUGCUGUUUUGGAAGAGAUGCAGACUUUUGAGAAUAUUCUGGACCAAGCCCAAACCACUUUUGCAAAGAAACUUGGAAACGAAGUUGGUGUUCAAGGGGCGCUUCCAUUGUUCAAAAACGCAAACAACUCCGACGAGUCGCCAAUCGGUACUGAGAAUAUGGCGUCAAGGAGUUCAAGCCAAUCUAGCAGAUCUGUUCUCACUUCUUGGAGAAAACUUCGAUCGAAGAGCUCGGCAGCACCGAGCACCAGCACAGCGCCAUCGACAUAUAGGGAUAGCGGUAAAGGCGGUCUCAGCAUGAGCACGUUGCCCAUGACAGCCUCCCCUCCUAGCGGUCGCUUCACUAAGCGUGAUGUCAUUCAGCUCCAAUUGAGUGGUCCGAAUGCUAAUUACAUGGGAGCAUUGGCACGGUUGUUUGAUGCGGCCCAGGUUCUGGACCAAAUCGCACGCCAAGUCGAAGAUCCCGGACUCAAGCAUUCAUCACCCACUCAUGUUGGACUUGAAUUGAGCACUCGUCAUGCUGCGGAAUUUUUUGGAUUCUAUAUCUGCCGUUUCGCUCUGAACGAUGUGGGCUUGCUACUCGAUAAAUAUAUCAAGCGAGGCACUGAAUGGGUGCUUGUAUAA